AUGCUUGAGCUUGAGGAAGGGGGUCUCAUGUGCUACGAUCCUUUUUUAUGCCAUCUACUGACAAUCGCCGCCACGAUCCAGCUGGAGCAUACACUCAACAAAAACGCACAAAUAGCCGCUAGUGCAAAACGAAACUUUACGAAAGCAUGCAAUUUCAUUCAAAAGAUGUCCCGGCAUUGGCCAAAUAUGCUCAAUCUUGUCGCCAUCCUCGAUCAACUUAAUAUGCGGCUAAGCCAGCGCGAGAUCAUCAGUCACGUUCAAGAUAAGUACGAUGGCGCUCUACCCGCGGAUGGCAUUCAUGAUGUGGCAGUCCAACCAGAAGAUAUUGCCUUGAUGUGGAAGAUAUUCGACUAUGGGUCCAUCUCCGGCGAGCAAAAUAGCAACUGGCGAGAACCGUCUGCUCAAGACCAGGCCCACAGCAGCGCACGAACUGGCCAAGUGGCGGUGAAUCCGGCUGCGGCUGGACUCGUCGAUGGGCCUAGCCUCGCCUGGCCAGAUCAGCCCAUCAGGCCGGGACCGGGACCAACCCAAAUGAGUCCAAGCCCGUACGAAGAGGUCGAUUUUGGUCAACUUUGUGUCGACGACUGGUCGCUCUUCGGCAAGCCCUGGUCUGCAUACUUUUCUCAAGACAACCCUUACCCCUCGAGCCCCUGA